ACAUGCAAAAAAAAAAAAAUAUUGUGGGGAACAAAAAGAGGAGUACUUGUUUUGGCGUUAAACUUGCUGGAAGAGUAGACGGCUUCGUGUGUAAACAAAUUGAGAUGACGUUGUGGGAGUGCGGUGUUCAGUCUUCAUUUCUCUUUUAACACAGAAAUGUCACGUCUUUUAAACGUAGGUCAUCGAAAGCGACGCUGAAUGUUGGCUUCAAGACUAGUCUAGGUGUUCCUUCUCCAGGAAAUGUGGUGUGUGGCCAGGCUGGCAGCACUGGCUUUCCCUAUGGGUUUGCUUCUAACCAGGACCAUGGCAUGGAUAUCUAGUGGCAAAACACAUCCACAACUUAUAAGCCGUUUGCGAGAGCACGGAGUUAUCCGUAGUGAUCGAGUGUUCGAAGCCAUGCUUGCCACUGAUCGGGGCAUCUAUUCCAAAGAUUACCCAUAUGAGGAUUCUCCUCAGUCAAUAGGGUACAAGGCCACCAUCAGUGCUCCUCAUAUGCAUGCACAUGUUUUGGAGAUUCUAAGUGAGCAGUUAACUGAAGGAGCUUCAGCACUGGAUGUUGGCUCAGGGAGCGGUUAUCUCACUGCCUGCUUCGCAAGAAUGGUAGGUCCCACUGGAAAAGUGGUGGGAAUUGAUCACAUAGCAGAACUAGUGCAAGCGUCGGUGAAAAAUGUCCAAGCUGAUGAACUGGAGCUGUUAACCUCUGGAAGGGUCAAGCUAGUGGUGGGUGAUGGACGGUUAGGUUUUCCAGAUGGAGCGCCAUAUGAUGCCAUUCACGUUGGGGCAGCAGCACCUACAAUCCCCAAAGCGCUUCUAGAUCAGCUGAAACCAGGUGGAAGACUGGUGCUGCCUGUAGGUCCAGAGGGUGGGAGCCAAGUUCUGGAGCAGUAUGAUCGCCAGAGUGAUGGUACCUUUGUCAAAAAGGCACUCAUGGGGGUGGUGUAUGUACCACUUACAGACAGACACCACCAGUGGCCAGGGAGGUGGUUCGGGUGUUGCAGUGCAGGGAACACUUAGGACAGAGUGCAAGGCACUCGCUUCAGCUGUGGAUUACUUUCCUACCUGCCAGCUCUUUCCAGCCUCUUCAAUUCUCUUAUACUAUAAUGACUAAAACAAGGCAUUUUCAUUCAGCUAUUACUGGAUGUCACUGAGAUAUUUCAUUUUGAGUUAUUUAAUUUUUGCCUUUUCCCACCUCCUUUCUAAAUGGGGUUGUACCAUUUCCUAAAAAGGAAAAAUAUGAUAUUUUUAUUUCUUGAACCCUCCCCUGUUUGUAAAACAAUAUAUGCAAAAUAUUUUCUAACUGAAUUCAAAGCAAUGACGUGUUAAUUAAAACAUUGUUAAAUAUUUGGACUGCAGUGAUGUGUAUCUGUGCACAAUUAUACUUGCAUCAUGCAUUUAUGUAAUUAAUAUAUUAAUAAAUAAGCUUAUGUUGUUA